AUGGCAGCGAUGUGGCCGGGCCUUGAGCCGUGGAACCGCGUGAAGAUCCCCAGACCUGGGAGCUGCACCGCCGUGACCGUAAGGGACCCUGACGCCGCCCUUGAUCUUUGCAUUGCAGCUGUCAUUAAACAAUGUUGCCUCGUCACACUGUCCCUGAAGAGCCAAGCCUUAGAUGCAGAAACAGAUGUGUUGUGCUCAGUCAUUUACAGCAAUCACAACAGAAUGGGCCGCCACAAGCCCUAUUUGGCCCUCAAACAGGUUGAACAAUGUCUAAAACGUUUGAAACACAUGAAUUUGGAGGGUUCAAUUCAAGAUCUUUCUGAGUUGUUUUCUUCCAAUGAAAAUCAUCCGGUUACUACUAAAGACUGUGUCAUCCCCAGUCAACCAAUGGUAGAGUUGGUGCUGAUGAAGGUUUUAGGAGCCUGUAAGUUGCUACUCCGCUUGUUGGACUGUUGUUGCAAGACAUUUCUCUUGACUGUAAAACAUCUUGGUUUGGAAGAAUUCAUUAUAUUAAACCUGGUGAUGAUAGGACUGGUUAGCCGGUUACGGAUUCUCUAUAAAGGUGUUUUAAAAAGGCUUAUUUCUUUAUAUGAACCAUUGUUUGGAUUGCUACAAGAGGUCACCAGGAUUCAACCAAUGCCUUACUUUAAGGAUUUUACCUUCCCAGCUGACAUUGCUGAAUUUCUAGGACAGCCUUACCUUGAGAUCUUGAAGGAAAAAAUGCCUAAACCUUUUUCAGGUAAAGGAAUAAAUAAAUUGCUAAAUAAAAUGUUUUUAAUAAAAGAUCAGUCACCAACAACAUCCAAUGAAGAAGCCUCACUGAGAAUUACUAAAAAAAUUAAACAAAUGAAGUCCAGUAUCGAAAACAACAUGGAUCUUGGACAGCCAGUAAAGAAAAAGAGAAUCUUCAAAGAAAAGUCAUCAGGAUUUGACAUCAGGGCUUUCUGCAAGCAGCUGAAACACAAAGCUACUCAGGAAACCAGAUUUGAGUCUGAAUGUUCUCAGUCCAAAGUAAAGUCACCCAAGCAUUCUUCCCAGAAGGUCAUAGGAGCUCCCUGUGCCAAAAAUUUUGUGCAAAGAUUUCAGCAGGCUGAGACUUUCGUAAGACUCUGUGAAGAAAUUCAGGAGGCAAUCAGAUGGUGUCGGAGUAAAAAACUCAAAGCUCAGGCCACCUUUCUGGGCCACAGACUUCUUAAAAGUAAUCGGCUUAAACAUGUGGAAGCACAAGGUUAUAGCUUGCCAAAGAAACUAGAGUGUAUAAAAACAUCUAUUUGCAAUUGCCUUCUACGUGGUUCAAGUAACAAAACUUCAAAGCGUCAUCCAAGACAAAGAAGAUCACAGAAGCAAUGUUUUCUGAGACAGAGGAAACCACCAAGAAAGUUGCCAUUGAUGCUUUUAAAGGACAUUCAGCACUUACCUCAAGGAAUGCAGAAGAAAGCUACAGAUAAAGGUGUUGAACAAAGCCUCUCACAGCCCAUGGUCCACAGAGCUGAUGUCCACUCUCACAAUAAGCUGCUCUUAGGGAGCAGAACUCCAAACUCUGCCAUUCAAACUAAGACACAGAACCAUGAAUACCUUCCAGGAAGUAAGGAAAAUGAAACCUGGACACCGACCCAAAUGAAUAAACAGAAUACAUCAGGAACCAUUCAGGAGACCGAUGAUAUUGAUGAUAUUUUUGCUUUAAUGGGAGUGUAG